CUAUCGUCUUCAAAAAAAAAAGCGCAAAAAAGUCUCCCUUCUCAUCCCCAAGCAGGUAGCUGGAUAUUUUCUCUCUCUUCCCCGCUCUCUCUCUCUCUCUCUCUCUCUCUCUCUCUCUCUCUCUCUCUCAUAGUUUGAGCAAUCCAGGAAGGUGGUGCAAGUUUAAUAGCUAGGCAUGGAAGGACCUUCUUCGAUGAUAUUGCAGAACGUCGUCGGCGACGAUCAAGAGGACUAUAACAUGGAUUUGCCGCCGGGUUUUCGAUUCCACCCCACCGACGAGGAAAUCAUUUCUCACUACCUCACGCCGAAGGUGAAGAACGGCAGCUUCAGUGCAGUAGCCGUCGGAGAAGUCGAUCUCAAUAAGUGCGAACCGUGGGAUUUACCUAAGAAAGCGAAGAUGGGGGAGAAGGAAUGGUACUUCUUUUGCCAGAGAGACCGGAAGUAUCCGACGGGGAUGAGGACGAACAGGGCGACGGAAUCCGGGUAUUGGAAGGCCACCGGAAAAGACAAGGAGAUUUACAAAAAGGGUAGAGGUGGUUCUCUGGUCGGAAUGAAGAAGACUCUUGUUUUCUACAAAGGGAGAGCUCCCAAAGGAGAGAAAACCAAUUGGGUCAUGCAUGAAUACAGGCUUGAAGGCCAAUUCUCUUACUACAACUUCCCUAAACCUGCAAAGGAUGAAUGGGUGGUGUGCAGGAUUUUCCACAAGAACUCAGGAAUCAAAAGGAGUCCACCAGGACACAGCCUGUUAACAAGAAUGAAUUCCUCAAGCUUCGUGGAUGAUCUGCUAAUGGAUUAUCCAAACAGCUCACUCCCACCUCUCAUCGACCAACAACCCGCCGGUAACAACUCGAGCUUCACCGACGGGACUACCGAAGACGAAUACACGACGAUCAAGGGAAAAGUCACUGCAUCCUCGUCGUCGCCGAGAUCCUCCGACGGAGGAGUAGACCAUGGCAAUUACGACCUCUCCUACUUCUCCGCAGACCACUUGCUCAACGACGUCAAAAAUCAUGUUAUGCCAUAUAGUAGCAACUACUACAUGAGUAGUAGCAGCAACCCAAUGUCUGACUUCCAAUUCUACCCUCAGAUCCCACACCCAAAUCCUGUCUUUCCUUUCAAGCAAGCCUCUACGAACCUAGGCUACUACGAUUCCGGCUUGAUCAAGGCGGCCGACAUUGACAACGAUCGAGCCAUGUUGUCAGGAGCUCCAGCGACGAAAAACGAAUCGAGAACGAUGAGCGUUUCCCAGGACACGGGAGUCAGCACCGACGCGACCACGACCGAGACGUCCUCGGUGAUUUCGAAGAAGGACUUGGGAAGCAACAGCAACAUGUCGAACUAUCACGACCAAGACCUCGAUCAGGAUCCUUCGGUCGGCCCGGUUUCGGACGAUCUUGAUUACCUUUGGACCUAUUGAAUUAUACAGGAAUGGACUGACAGAUUAAUUGAUCGAUGGAGCCAAUCACACAGGCGUAUUUGCUUUGCAAGACUGAUCAAAAUUAUACUGCACCCUAGAGAUUUUAGUUAGUUUGAAGUUGAAGGUUUAAUGAUCAAAAAAAAAAAAAAAAAGUUGAAGGUUCUUGAAUUUAACAAUACUGUACAGAUUCAUGAUUGUCCAGAGGCUUUUUUUUUUUUUUUUAAUUUUUUAGUGUAGGUUUAGAUUUGAUCUGUAGUGAUUUAGACAGAUUGAUCCAAUCAACAAACACUUCAUGUUAACAUUAUCCAUUAAUUCUUUCCUUCA